UUGAGAUCGAGGUUAAUGAGUGUGAUUUUGAAUUCUUCUCUGAAUUUUUUAUUUGCGAUUUGGCGCCAUGGAUGCGUAACAACAAAAUUCCGAGGUUAAGGUGAAUCCAAGCACGUAUAGUGCUGAAUCAGUUGCUGCAUUCAUGAAUUAAAUUGCGGAAUUGCAAUAUGAGCUUCGAAAGGCUCGAGGAACCUCAAAUUCGAGCGCAAAUGCUGCCAGUCCUAACUUCCUUCAUCGUUCCAAAAAUCCUGAGACCUGAAAAGGAGAUAUUAUCAUGGAGAUCGGUUCCAGAUCGCUGAAUUAGAGGAAGAACUAUAUGCUGUGAGGCAAGGAGAGUUGUCAGUGACGAAUUACUUCACUAAAUUAAAAGGACUUUGGAAAGAGCUAAACAUUUUUCAGCCAGUUCCUUCAUGUGAUUGUGGUGAGACUUGUAACUUGUAAGUGUGGACUUGGAGUGAUGCGAAAAUACAAAACAGAAGGCUAUGUGGUACGAUUUUUAAGAGGAUUACGUGAAUAGUUUAGUGGAGUUCGAUCACAAAUAUGUUAAUGGAUCCUUUUCCAUACAUUGAUUCCACAUUUUCCCUGCUUACACAGCAAGAAAGGCAACUUGUCAGUAUUGAUGGUGAACCAAGGAUACUCUUUAAUGCCUCCCAAGCACGGAGCCAAAGCAGUGCACGAACUAGUGAAGGGAACCCUGCCAGAAAUUUUGAAAAUGCCUAUAGAGGACGAGGUCGAGGCAGGUUCAAUGGUGGAAGAGGACAAGAGCGAAGACGAGUGCAAUGUACAUAUUGUGGGAAGGCAGGACACACAAUUGAUGUGUGCUAUAAGAAGUACGGUCUGCUGCCACACCUUAAGGAAAGGUAUAGUGGUGGUGCUGCAACUCUCAAUUAUGCAGCCAUUGAAGAGACUCAUGAUGAAGAUAGUGCAGACCAAACGCACAAGGUUGAUGAUCAGGUACUGGAGUUCACUCAGGAUAAAAAGCUCACUUUACUUGCUUUCCUUCAACACCAAGAAGUGCAGCUUAUUCAUAGCACCAACCAAAUUAACACACAAGCUCCAAAAAUGAGGGGUAAAAAAGUGGUUCAAAUUUUACACUUUAAAUCCCACGUGUUGGCAGAGAACAGUGAUGAUGAAACAGAAAAAUUGAAAUCUUGAGUGAUUGACACUAGUGCAACAGAUCAUAUGUCAUACUCACUUCAAGAUUUUGAUUCUUAUUUCCAUAUCCCACUUGUAAUAGUGAGACUCCCCAAUGGAUAUACACUAUCAGCAGCAUAAUGGGGACGAUCUCUUUCACUAAUGACCUCUACCUCACAAAUACA